AUGUGUCCAUCGCGCAUUCACCAGCGGAUUCCUUCGCCCCCGAUCUCGACAUCGAUCUUCCUUCGAGCAUACAGUAAUAACCGCAACCCAAGAAACCCUUUCCGCCCAGGCCCAAAACUCAAGAACACUCGUGAAUCCAACCCAUGGUUGUCGCUGAACCCCGAGUCUGAGCUGCCACUUCGAGUCAGACAACCCGCCGUCCACCCAGAGGCGUACAUUAUUUCAACUGCCCCGCUCGAGCGGUCCCGCAGAGCGAACAACUACUUGAUCUGCGAACCAUCCAAGUUCGAGGUUUUCUCAGCACCCCCUCCGCCUACGGGACUCGCCCCAAUGAAGUGCUUCUUCCAGAUCGUCACGACCCCGACGGCCGACACGCCCGGUACAGUCGUCGCCCUCAAUUUCCCCGACAAGCGAUACUUUUUCGGACAGAUAGCAGAGGGCACGCAGCGAGCUUGCACGGAGCGUGGUGUCAAGAUCACCCUUCUCACAGAUAUCUUUGUGACCGGACGAGCAGAAUGGGCCAACACCGGAGGAUUGGUUGGAAUGAUCCUGACACUUGCCGAUGCGGUUAUAUCGUCAAAUAAAGCUGUCGAAGAAGAGCUUGCCGCGAAGGCUGAACGUCUGCGUGAACAACAAUUAGCAAACCCAGAAAAGCCCAACAAGCCGCCAAAAAAGGCACAACGCCAUGGAAAAGCCUACAUUGAGCGCGAAGGUGAAACAGUUCCUCAGCUUGGGAACCUCACAAUCCAUGGGCCUACGAAUAUCACACAUACGCUGGCUACGGCCCGUCGCUUCGUUUUCAGAAAGGGAGUUCCAGUGUUUAUGAAAGAAUAUGAAUCCGAGAUGAACGCCAAGGGACUGCCCACAGAAGCCGAAGAUCCAUUCGAGACACCUUCGUGGACUGAUUCGAACAUCAAGGUCUGGGCGCUGCCCAUCAAGCCUACUGCAACCAGACAGUCCAGCGCAAAGGCUCGGUCUCAGAGCCCACGGAAGCGGAGCUUGGAUGAGUUCCAGGAAUCUGAAGCGGAAGGAUUCAUGGACCAGCGCACGAAGGACCGACUGACUACACAGUCUAUUGUGCAGGACAUGUUCAACUCAACCUGGAAAAUGGAUACUCUUCAUGAAACCCCACUCGCCCAAGUUCAAAUGCCUGCGGUUAUGUUCAUCCGAAACCCGGAAACCAAGGAUCUUGAGCAAUAUAAGGGACCCGCUCCAGGUGACGAUGAACCACUCCCGGAUAUCAAGGUUCUUGUGCGGAAGCCUUGGCCUGGUGCGACUGUUGAAAAACUUCCACCGACUACUCCCGCCAAGGAGUCCGUUUGCUAUAUUGUGCGCAAUCAUGAUAUUCGCGGAAAGUUCGACCCAAAGAAGGCCAAGGAACACAAUGUUCAGAUGGGUGAAAAGUUCGCUCUUCUUACAAAGGGUCAGAGCGUGGAGUCAAAUGAUGGCAAAAUUGUCACACCAGAUAUGGUCCUAGGUGCCACUCGGGUUGGUAAGGGUGUCGCUAUCAUGGACGUGCCUUCAGUCGAGUACCUUGACGACCUAGUCUCUCGGGCCGAAUGGAAGUCUCCUACUGUGACAACCGGCUUGCAAGCAUUUAUUUGGAUGCUCGGUGCUGGGGUUGCCGAAAGCCCCAAGUUCCAAGAAUUCGUCGCCAGCAUGUCUCACUGCACGCACACAGUCUCCGGCACCGACCAGUGCCCAAAUUACCUGGCUCUAGGAAGCUGUGCUAGCUCCGCCGUUCAACUCUCCGCUCUACAGCCCAGAACUUACUCAGUCCCUGUACACGAUAACGUCACUUUGCCUCAGCCGGGUUUCUCAACUACUGGAUCCAAGUCUGCAAUUGCCGCUCGUGAAAAGCUCCCCCUUAUUCCCCUCAACCCCGGAACCAUGCUUCAACUUGAGCCCACCUUUGGUCUGAAUGAUGAAGAAGCUAUGGUCCGCUUCAACCCACGAACUGCUACGAACAAAAUGCCACGUGCAGUCCAACAGCGCUUGCACGUUACCAACCAGCGCGUGGCUAAACCUGCCUUCAAGCAGCUGUUGCAGAAGCAACAGGAGACAUGGCCCGGAACGGAUGCAGAAAUCAUUGCGCUUGGUACUGGUUCUUCAGUUCCUGGCAAGUACCGCAAUGUUUCUGCGACAUUGGUCAAGGUCCCUGGAUAUGGCUAUUAUCUCCUUGAUUGUGGAGAAAACACCCUUGGUCAGAUGAAGCGAGUGUUCGAGGCCGAUGAGCUUCGCGACAUUCUCCAAAAUUUGCGGAUGAUCUGGAUCAGCCAUUUGCACGCUGACCACCACCUUGGCACUGCCUCCCUGAUCAAAGCCUGGUACAAGGAGAACUUUAAAAAUGGAGCUAAACCAACCUCCCCAGACGCCGGAAUUACAGAAAUUCUCAACGAAAGGCGAUUGGCCGUCGUUUCUGAUGACGCAAUGAUCUCCUGGCUUGAGGAGUAUUCGCAAGUCGAGGAUUUUGGAUUCCACAAGCUUCUCAACCUCGGUGCUCACCCCAGUGCAAACCUCAAGACUCAAUUCUCCCACCGCCUCCCCUCUGGUGAUCGUGCCCAACUUUCCUUCACAGACAAUGACUCCCCCACUACUCCUCUGCUCAAGGCCGCCACUGGCCUAGAAGACCUCCUCACUUGCCGAGUGAAGCACUGCAAGGGUUCCCUCGCCGUAUCCCUCGUAUUCCCGAAUGGAUUCAAGCUUUCCUACUCAGGCGAUUGCAGACCCUCUGAAAAGUUCGUCGCCAUCGGCAAGGACUCCACAGUCCUCAUCCACGAAGCCACUUUCCACCCCAACAUGACAGGAUCGGCAAUGGCAAAACGUCAUUCCACAUCCGACGAAGCAAUUGAAGUCGGCAAACGCAUGCAAGCGCGCGCCAUCCUCCUCACUCACUUCAGUCAACGCUACCAGAAGGUACACUUCUCCGACAACCGUCGUGGUGAUAAGAUGCACCCAGAAGAUGUCCCAGCAAAGGAGCCCGUCGACGCAGACAUCCCAUUCGAUGAUCCUCAAGAAGAAGCCGUUGGAGCCACCCUGUCUGAUGACAUCACCAUGUCCAGACAGAAGCGCACGGCUGCCUCGUUCAAUGGUCCGAUCGUUGGUGCGAUGGAUUACAUGCGUCUCAAGGUCAGUGACUUUUAUCUUGCGCAGGCUUACGCGCCUGCGCUUGAGAAGCUGGUUGACAUUAACGAGCGCGUUUCUUUGGAAGAGUCGGCGCGGGUGGUGAAGGCUAGACAAGAGGAGGAAGACAACAGGAAGGCGAAGAAAGAUAAGAAGUGGGCUGCUAAACAGGCUGCUGCUGCUGCGGCUUCUGCUACUGCGGCUGCGGUUGCGACUGCAGUAGUUGAGGCUGAACCUCAGGCCCAGGAACCUUCCAAGUCUGCUUGGAGUGCGAGUGAAAGUGAGGAUGGGUGGGAGACCAGUGAUGCUGAGCUGUGA